AAAGAAAUAAAUAAAUAAACAAUACCCUUUGUUUUUUUAUUUUUCUUUUUAAAUAUUGAUGAUCAUCUGACCAAACUACGUGUCGUAACCUGGCAACGGAACCUCAGGGUUUCUGGAAGAUUUGUGGAUUGUGCACAGAACCGAAUCAUCGAAGACGAAAAUGGGCUGGGUGUGGAGGAACGAACCAGACGACGGGGGCUCUGAGAUCUCGCCGGCCGGCGAGUUUCGCGAAGUCGGAAACGCUAACACUAGAUCUGACGGCGACCGGCGCUCCACCAGGAAGGUGGUGAGGUCGCAGUGCAAGACCGAGGAGGUCGAGCCCGGAAGGUUCGUCAGGAAGUGCGAGAGGACCGAGGAGAUCCUUAGGGAUUGCGUUGGGAGGCCUGUUGAAGUGGUGCAAUCAAACAAAGAGUACACCGAAGAUGAUGUCACAGACCAGGUGCUCAAGGGGUCUUUCCCCACAGGCUCAUCUGAGGGAGGAGCAUUGGACUUCCCUGGACUACACAGCGAUAUUGAUGCAAUUGAACGAAGCUUCAACUUCCCAGGGCUACGCGGUGAUAUCGACACGAUUGAGCGGAGCUUCUUUGGUGGUCUUGGCCGUUUCUUUGAAGUUGCUGAGGAGAUGAAGAAUGACUUUUUUAGAGGACUUGGGGAUCCACACAUCUUUGAUGGAGAUUCUUCAUCCUCAUCUGCAUCUAGGAGUAGAGGGGUACCUAUUGACAGCGAUCCCCAGCUGGACGCAUAUCGUAAAGGAAACAAACCCGAUUCGGGACAUGUCGAUAUUUCUGGUUUGGCAAGAGAUGUUUGAAACAAAGUCCAACUGUUUUCUGCCGAAGGCUUUGUUUCUACUCUUAUUGCCAUCCUAUUUCUCUCUUACCAAAAAAGUACAUAAACUGAUAAACAUUAUCGAACCCCUAUUGUAUUGCAAAUGUAGCUUCUGGGUGCUCCACUAGAACACAUCUAGUUACACUUUCUCAUGAUGAAAUGUUGUUUUAAUGUUGAAAUAGGAGUACUUUGUCCAUUA